AUGGCUUCAUUUAAACUUGAUUUCCUGCCUGAGAUGAUGGUGGAUCAUUGCUCUCUGAAUUCCAGUCCUGUAUCCAAGAAGAUGAACGGCACCAUGGACCAUCCAGACCACCCGGAUCCCGAUUCAAUCAAGAUGUUUGUGGGACAGAUCCCUCGCAGCUGGUCAGAAAAAGAACUGAGGGAACUAUUUGAACAGUAUGGCGCCGUCUAUGAAAUUAACGUUUUGAGAGACAGAAGCCAGAAUCCUCCACAGAGUAAAGGUUGUUGUUUUAUCACUUUCUACACACGUAAAGCAGCGUUAGAAGCACAAAAUGCUUUGCAUAAUAUGAAGAUUCUUCCUGGGAUGCAUCAUCCAAUCCAGAUGAAGCCAGCUGACAGCGAGAAGAAUAAUGCAGUUGAAGACAGAAAGUUAUUUGUUGGAAUGGUGUCCAAGAAGUGUAAUGAGAAUGAUAUCCGGGUUCUGUUCUCUCAGUUUGGGCAAAUAGAAGAAUGCAGAAUUCUGCGGGGACCUGAUGGGUUGAGCAGGGGUUGUGCAUUUAUCACAUUUUCAACUAGAUCUAUGGCACAGACAGCAAUCAAAGCCAUGCACCAAGCACAAACCAUGGAGGGGUGUUCCUCUCCGAUUGUCGUCAAAUUUGCAGACACACAGAAAGACAAAGAACAGAAGCGAAUGGCACAACAGCUCCAGCAACAGAUGCAGCAAAUAAAUGCAGCUUCUGUGUGGGGGAACCUUGCAGGACUGAACAGUCUGGCACCACAGUACUUAGCACUCCUCCAACAGACAGCCUCGUCAAGCAACCUCAACUCCCUGAGUGGCCUCCAUCCCAUGGGAGGACUCAGUGCCAUGCAGAUACAGAAUUUGGCAGCUUUAGCAGCAGCUGCCAGCGUUGCACAGAACCCAGCCAGUGCGGGCUCAGCACUCACUACUUCCAGCAGUCCUCUCAGCGUCCUGACAAGUUCUGGGUCAUCCCCCAGUUCAAAUAGCUCGUCAGUGAACACCAUGGCUUCUCUUGGAGCCUUACAGACUCUGGCAGGUGCAACUGCUGGCCUAAAUGUUGGUUCUUUAGCAGGGAUGGCAGCAUUAAAUGGUGGACUCGGAGGCAGUGGUCUCUCCAAUGGCACUGGUAGCACUAUGGAAGCUCUAAGUCAAGCCUACUCUGGAAUCCAGCAAUACGCAGCAGCGGCAUUGCCUUCACUCUACAAUCAGAGCCUAUUGACACAGCAAGGCUUGAGUGCUGCAGGUAGUCAGAAGGAAGGUCCAGAGGGUGCAAACCUAUUCAUAUACCAUCUGCCCCAAGAGUUUGGUGACCAAGACAUCCUGCAGAUGUUCAUGCCAUUUGGAAAUGUCGUGUCCGCCAAAGUUUUUAUUGAUAAACAAACUAACCUUAGCAAAUGUUUCGGUUUUGUGAGUUAUGACAAUCCAGUUUCCGCUCAGGCUGCUAUCCAGUCCAUGAAUGGCUUUCAGAUUGGAAUGAAACGUCUGAAGGUCCAGCUUAAACGCUCCAAGAACGACAGCAAACCAUACUGA